GCCAGCCUGGUUAAUAUGCACAUUCUGCAAGCCUCCACGGCAGAAAGAUCCAUUCCAACUGCUCAGAUGAAGCUGAAAAGAGCCCGCCUCGCAGAUGACCUCAAUGAAAAGAUUGCUCUCCGCCCGGGGCCCUUGGAACUGGUGGAGAAGAACAUUCUGCCUAUGGAUUCUUCAGUGAAAGAGGCUAUAAAAGGUACGGAGGUGAGUUUCUCCAAAGCAGCAGAUGCGUUUGCCUUUGAAGAGGACAGCAGCAGCGAUGGGCUUUCUCCGGAUCACACUCGGAGCGAAGACGCCCAGGGCUCCACGGGAUCGCCCCCAGAUGUCAAAUCCGCUGAGGCGCCUUCGGUUGGUCCUCUGGACACAAUCCAGGAUCUGGCUCCUGGCUCAGAAGGUGAUAAGAACGAUGCCGUCUCCCAGCCAAGCAAGCAGCCAGACUCUGGGAAGCAGGGGCUUGGCCCCCUCAGCACCCCUGUCCCUGUGCACACUGCUGUGAAGUCCAAGUCUUUGGGGGACAGUAAGAACCGCCACAAAAAGCCCAAGGACCCCAAGCCGAAGGUGAAGAAGCUCAAAUACCACCAGUACAUCCCCCCAGAUCAGAAGGCAGAGAAGUCGCCCCCGCCUAUGGACUCCGCCUACGCCCGGCUGCUCCAGCAACAGCAGCUAUUCCUACAGCUACAAAUCCUCAGCCAGCAGCAGCAGCAGCAGCAGCAGCAACAGCAGCAGCAGCAGCGGUUCAACUACCCUGGGGUGCACCAAACACACCUCAAAGAACCAAAUGAAUCGAUGGUCAGAAAUCCGAAUUCUUCCUCAACACCACUGAACAACACCCCCCUGUCCCCUGUCAAAACCAGUCUUUCUGGACAAACUGGUGUCUGUUCUCUCAAGCCAGGCCCCCUUCCACCAAACCUGGAUGAUCUCAAGGUGUCAGAGUUAAGACAACAGCUCCGAAUACGAGGCUUGCCGGUGUCAGGCACCAAGACGGCGCUGGUGGACCGGCUUCGACCCUUUCAGGAUUGUGCUGGCAAUCCUGUGCCGAACUUCGGGGACAUAACGACUGUCACCUUUCCCGUCACGCCCAACACCCUGCCCAGUUAUCAGUCCUCCCCAUCAGGCUUCUACCACUUCGGCAGCACCAGCUCCAGCCCACCCAUCUCCCCCGCCUCGUCUGACCUGUCGGCCGCAGGGUCACUGCCAGACACCUUCCCCGAUGUGUCACCUGGCUUCGGCCUGCGUGCGUCCCCGGUGCCCGCCUGCACCGAUGAGAGCCUGCUGAGCAGCCUGAACGGGGGCUCCGGGCCCUCGGAGCCUGACGGGCUAGACUCUGAGAAAGACAAGAUGCUGGUGGAGAAGCAGAAGGUGAUCAACCAGCUCACCUGGAAGCUGCGGCAGGAGCAGCGGCAGGUGGAGGAGCUGAGGAUGCAGCUGCAGAAGCACAAGAGCGGCUGCGGAGACCAGCAGCCACUGCCCUUCCUGGGCGCCACCAUCAAGCAGGAAGACGUCUCUAGCUGCCCCUUCGCAGCCCAGCAGGCAUCCGGAAAGGGACAGGGCCACGGCUCCGACAGUCCCCCUCCGGCCUGUGAGACUGCUCAGCUGCUGCCUCACUGUGUGGAGCCCUCAGGUCCAACCCAUGUACUCUCAUCCACAUUCCUCAGCCCCCAGUGCUCCCCUCAGCACUCGCCCCUGGGGACCCUGAAGAGCCCGCAGCACAUCAGCCUGCCUCCAUCACCCAACAACCCUUACUUCCUGGCCUCAUCCUCUGGGGCUCAGAGAGAGAGCCAUGGGGUCUCCUCACCUAGCAGCAGCCAAGGGUGCGCGCAGAACUCAGGGGCACACGAAGGCCAUCCUCCUAGCUUUUCUCCUCCAUCUUCCAGCCUCCACCAGCCCUUCUCUGGCACCCAAGCAGACAGCAGUCAUAGUGCUGGGCUCAACCCCUGUCCCAAAAGCCCAGUUAUUCAUCCAAAGGCAACUGGUUUACAGUCAUCUGACAAGGUGGGGCCAAAGUUUUCAAUUCCAUCCCCAACUUUCUCUAAGUCAAGUUCAACGGUUUCAGAGAUAACCCAGCCCCCGUCCUAUGAAGAUGCAGUAAAGCAGCAAAUGACUCGGAGUCAGCAGAUGGAUGAACUCCUGGAUGUCCUCAUCGAAAGUGGAGAAAUGCCAGCCGAUGCCAGGGAAGAUCACUCAUGUCUUCAAAAAAUUCCAAAGAUGCCCGGGUCCUCGCGCAGCCCUCCUACCACCCUCUCCAAGCCCGCUGCUUCCUUUGAUCAGGCAUCCUCAGGAGGCCAGAUCUCCUUCGAUCACUACGCUGCCGCUGACGGUGACGAACACCUAGAAGUCUUAUUGAAUUCUCACAGCCCUGUAGGAAAGGUGAGCGACCUCACCCUCCUCAAAAUCGGGAGCGAGGAGCCUCCUUUUGACGGGAUCAUGGAUGGCUUCCCAGGGAAGGCUGCCGAAGACCUCUUCAGUGCUCAUGAGCUCUUGCCUGGGCCGCUGUCCCCUAUGCAUACGCAGUUGUCACCUUCUUCAGUGGACAGCAGUGGUCUGCAGCUGAGCUUCACAGAAUCUCCUUGGGAAACAAUGGAAUGGCUGGACCUUACCCCACCCAGCUCCACGCCAGGGUUCAGCAACCUCGCCACCAGCGGCCCCAGCAUCUUCAACCUCGAUUUCCUGGAUGUGACAGAUCUCAAUUUGAAUUCCCCCAUGGACAUCCACUUACAGCAGUGGUGAACACCUGAGGUACAAGAGCCGUGAGAGCUCAAUAGGA